AUGGACUCCCACCACCCCUCGCCGGAAUACAGCUCGCUCCUCCUCGCCGGCCCUCGUGCUGGCGCUCUGAAACAAGCUCACGCGCGCCUCGUCGUCACAGGCCACAGCCGCUCCCUCCCCCUCAUCACCAAGCUGGCCACGCUCGCCGUCGCAGCGGGCGCCGCCCCGUACGCGCACCUCCUCGCGACCUCCCACCCCGCACCCGACUCCUUCCUCUUCUCCUCCCUCACGCGUACGGCCGCGCACCACGGCCUCCCGGUCGCCGCUAUUGCCUUCUACCGCAGCCUCCUCUCCGCCGCCCUUCCUUUCUCCAGUUUCACCUUCACCGCCGUCGCCAAGGCCUGCGCCGACCUGUCGGCCAUCCGAACCGGCACGGCCAUCCACACGCACUCCAUCCUCCUAGGGUUUGGCUCGGACCGCUUCGUGCUGACGUCUCUUCUUGUGCUGUAUUCCAAGUGCGGGCAACUGGGUGUUGCACGCAAGCUGUUCGACUCAAUUCGUGAUAGAAGUGUUGUGGCUUGGAACGCAAUGAUUUCUGGGUAUGAACAGAAUGGGCUUGCCGAGCGGGGGAUCGAGGUGUAUAAGGAGAUGCAGGCGGCGAAGGUGGUGCCUGACUCCAUGACGUUUGUAGCCACGCUCUCUGCUUGCGCACAGGCUGGUGCACUGGACUUGGGGCGUGAAGUGGAGAAACGUAUUGUUUCUGAAAGAAUGGACAUCAGUGUGUUUCUUGGCUCUGCUCUUGUGAACAUGUAUGCCAGGUGUGGUGUUGUGGACAAAGCUCGCAGAUGGUUCGAUGCGCUCCAGGAGCGGAAUGUGGUUACAUGGACUUCCAUGAUCGCUGGAUAUGGAAUGCACGGCCAUGGUCAUGAGGCGAUCAAGCUGUUCCAUUUGAUGAGACGCGAGGGGCCGCCACCCAAUCAUAUCACGUUUAUUGCUGUUCUAUCUGCAUGUGCACACUCUGGGUUAGUUAUGGAGGGUCGUGAUGCUUUUGCUUGCAUGAAAAGGAUCUAUGGACUGGUCCCUCGUGUCGAGCACUAUUGUUCUAUGGUUGAUAUGUUUGGAAGGGCUGGACUUCUUGAUGAAGCAAUGCAAUUUAUAAGUGAUUAUAUGCCUGGAGAGCCAGGGCCUGAAGUUUGGACAGCAGUACUUGGGGCAUGCAAGAUGCACAAGAAUUUUAAUCUUGGGGUGGAGGUGGCUGAGCGAUUGAUUGCUCUCGAGCCUGAGAAUCCAUCCUACCAUGUUUUGCUUUCCAAUAUUUAUGCUCUAUCCGGUAAAAUGCACCAUGUUGAGAAAGUGAGGAAUACCAUGAUCAAGAGAAGAUUGAAGAAGCAGAUAGGAUUCAGCUUGAUUGAGCUAGGAGGUAUUUCCCAUUUAUUUCGCAUGGGUGAAAUGUCUCAUCCACAGACUACAGAGAUUUACCAGUACUUGGAAGAACUGAUUCAUAGGAUUAGUGCCGCUGGCUACAUUCCUGAAACUGAGUCAGUUCUGCAUGAGUUAGAAGAGGAGGAGAGAGAGGGUGCACUUAGAUAUCACGGUGAAAAACUGGCAGUAGCAUAUGGGCUCAUGAUGAGCGUUGGGAGUACCACUCCUAUCAGAGUAAUAAAAAACCUGAGGAUAUGCGGGGAUUGCCAUCUCGCCAUCAAGUUUAUGUCAGCUGUGGAGAAUCGAGAGAUUGUUGUCAGGGAUAAGCACCGUUUUCACCAUUUUAAAGUUGGCAAGUGUUCAUGUCUGGAAUAUUGGUAACAAACUCUCAUCUGUCGUUAGGUACAGUUGCCUGGUACUAAUAGUCACCAACAAAAUAGUUUCUUGGAAAUGAACAACUACAUUCACAUACACCUCCUGUCCUGGAAUUCUGCCAUCAGUUAUCACCAGUACUAGAAGAUAACCUCUUCAGGGUAUUCUACUUCAAGCUGUGGGGUGAUUUUUGUGAUACAUAGUCCUGAUAUUGCAUCAAAAUACGACUGCUUAUCUCCAUCCAUUUCGUUGUCAGAUGGGUCCAAUGCUUCUCAUUUUGCUGAACAUCCACAAUUCCAGCGACCUACAUAUUUCUGAACUCCCAACACAAUUUAAAGG